UCUCUGCCUCCGCACAAUCACACACGCAAUAAGUUUGACAGUAAGCAGCAUUGCCGCGAGCGCACGGUUGCGCUUUGUCCCAGCCACUUGUCGAGUGAAAUUUUUUUAAUUUUAAUAGGCCAAGUAGUUGCAGGGAAGCAGUUAGUGUCCUUCGAAAGAACAUACUUGGAAUGUUCAGCAGUUUGGUGCUAUAUCGAUUUUCUUGUUUUGCGCGGAGUAAUAUAAAAUAGAUUAUUUUUGUAGUGAAAAUAAGCAGAGGAAUACAAAUAUGUCCAGGGACCCCGAAGAAGUGAACAAGCUGACCGAAAGUACAUACAAGAAUGUAAUGGAACAGUUUAACCCAGGGCUGCGCAACCUGGUCAACCUUGGGAAGAGCUAUGAGAAGUCAGUGGCUGCAAUGACCCUGGCAGGGAAGCUGUACUUUGAUGCCGUUUCAAAAAUAGGGGAAAAUGCAGCAGUGUCACCAGUAUCCAGGGAAUUAGGGGUUGUGCUGAUGGAGAUUUCAGAAGUGCACAAGAAAAUUCAUCUGGAGCUGGAAGAGAGUUUUAAAAGAUUUCACAAAGAAAUCAUCGGUGAAUUGGAACGGAAAACUGAAAUGGAUGUGAAAUACAUGACUGCAACAUUCAAGAGAUACCAGACAGAACACAAACUGAAGCAGGACUCGCUGGAGCGAUCGCAGUCAGACCUGAAGAAGCUGCGCAGGAAAAGCCAAGGCAAGAAUUCCAUCAAAUAUGAGAGCAAGGAAAACGAGUGCAUGGAGACGAUAACCUCCCGUCAGAUAGACAUUCAGAAGUUCAUCGCAGAUGGCUGCAGGGAGGCCCUGCUGGAGGAGAAGAGGAGGUUCUGCUUCUUGGUGGACAAGCACUGCACAUUAUCCUACCAGAUAUCCGCCUUCCAUGACAAGGCAAAAGAGAUUCUGGCCGUAAAGUUGCCCAGCUGGCAGGACAAGUGCUGUGAUGCCACCAAGGUGCCGGACAGCGUGAUAUCUAUGAUCGAAGGGAUGCGGACCCCUGUGUCCAUGACCCCCCAACCCUCACCCCUCAUGGAGAGGUACAAUCGGAAGAACAUGGACAUGGUGGUUCCACCUCCAGCUCCACCGCUUAAGGCACAAACCAGCCCUCUGGCAAACAUGUUCACCCAGGACACACCCAAGACUGCCAUCAUGGCUGAACGGAUCUCAGAUCACAGUGAGGAGAACAACUUACCCAGGUCCGUGUCUGUGUCCACGGGCCUCAACAUGGUCAAAAGACCCAAGGUCGAAACCAUCUUCCCUCACACAGCGGGGAACAACGAGACCUUGCUCAGCUUCGACGAGGGUGACAUAAUCACACUGCUCAUACCCGAGGAGAAGGACGGCUGGUUGUAUGGGCAGCUGGAGAAGUCAAGGCAGAGGGGUUGGUUUCCCUCUUCCUAUUGCCGUCCUUAUACAGAGCCUGUGGUCAAAAGCAGUGUCUCCACACCGGUUCGCAGUUUAAGCGUCGCCAACCUUGCAGAUCAAGAGCAGGCAGCCGUGGUGCUGCCCCCCCCAGACUACAGCGACAUGUCCAGCAUGAGCUCCUCCAGCAAGUCAUCGACACCCUCGCCUGAAAACACGCAGAAAACUCAACCGAAUGGUAUAUCCAAGCCUCCUUUCCUAGGGGGAGGGAAUCCCUUUGCUACCGUCAAACUGCGGCCUACAGUUACCAAUGACAGAUCCGCUCCAGUCAUCUGAUGAGCGGCGGUCAGGUCCUGCAGUCCAACCAUGGGAUUGAUUUUGGAUUACAGGCCUGUAAGCUCCACCCCAUGGUCUUAAUCCAAUCACAUCUCCUUUGACACCCCCCACCGACCCGCACCAAAUGUCAUCAUGCUCAUAUUUGUAGUGGAAAUCCCUAAACAGGAAUUUAUAGUGGUGAAGUGCAGGAUGGAUUGAAGAUUGAAAUGGUUGUGCGGGAGAGUAUCUUCUACAGAUGCCAUGUUUAUUUCAUUAAUGAUGUCGAAAGCUACUGCUGCCCACACUCACAUUGAGGUAGAGAAACAAUUUAUUUAUAUAUGUUUAAGACAAAUUCAGAUAUAUUUUAAGAAAAUUUUAUUGUGAAUAAUUGAACAUAAGCAAUGCCUCAUUCUAUAUGAACAAAUGUGUACAAAGUAUUGAUUCAAACCUUUUUCCCCGUUUUAGAAGAAAAAUGUAUGUAUUAUCAUGUGUAUUAGAUGGAAGAUUUUAUUUUGACUGCUUGUUGAAACAUUUCAGUUUAAAGACUUUCAUUUGCCAUUGGAUGCAAAAUGAAGUGUUCUGAAUGGGAUAUGUAUGGGUCAUUUAGCAUUCCACAAUUGUAAACAUUAUAUUGUUAGUACGGUGAGGGUACAGAUGUAUCUUUGGCCUUUAAUUGAAAACGAUGUAGUGUGUAGGUCUGUAGUAAUUCCUUACUGGUAAGCAUACAGUAGCCAUGCACAUAUUUGUAAUGUAAGAAUUUACAGGCUUUACCUUAACAUCAUUUAUGUAUAAAUGUAUGCCGUAUGUAACAGAUUGCAUUCCAUCUCAAGAUAUGGCAUCAUAUAUAUAUGCAUGAUUUGAACAAAUUGAGUAUGAUAAUUUAAAUGCUCUAAGUCCCAAGCCCUUUUCAGAUACUGAUGUGCAUUUUCCGUUCAAAACUCAUAUUCUGAAUAAGAACAUCCACAUUUUACAUUUUUACUCUUUUUGACCAAGUGCAUCAUCUGACUAUUGAAACCCUUCAAAGGAGGGGAAAAUAGUUGCCUUAACUACAGUUUAUUUCUUUUGCCUGUCAGUGCAUUUUUCUACUAAAUUCCUCAAAUUUAAAGACAUAAUCUUAAAUGGUUUUCACACAAUUCAGUUGCUUAUACAUGCAAACUGCACUUGUUCUACAUUUCUUAAUAUAUCUAAUCAGAUUAUUUGGUUUGUUAGGGUUUUUUUUUUUUACAUAUUGUAAGCUUGUUUUGAACCACAUCUGCUACCCCUUACUUUGCAUUUAGCUUUGAGAAGUUGCUUGAAAUAAAACAAUUUUCUUUGUGUAGGUGCGAUAGAGUCUGUAAAAUCAGCACCCUUCAUGUGAGUUUUUUUUUUCUAUGAAUAACUUGCCAAUUUUAAAAUGCAUAGGAAAUUUUCUUUUCUUGAGUUCCUUUGAGGUGUCAUGAAAGAAAAAUUCUGGAUUUUCAAGAACUUAAAUAUCGCUGAUAAGACUGACAUGUGAAUAACAACAUAACGGAAUAAAACUGAUUCUACCAUUUUGA